GUUUUAUUUGUGUAAACCCAUCUUUAGUGCCUACAUUCAUAACCUCAAUCUCACGCGGUUAACCUCUUUGAACUUAUUUCAUCGAUUAAAAGUUAUUUAAUAAAUAUUUAUUAAAAAACAUGUUGAGUUCUUUGAAAACUUUAAAUAAGUUUAAUAAAUUAUACUCUUCAAUAAGCAGUUCCAUUAUAAAAGAGAAAACUUUAUGUAAAAUUGGACUUAAUUAUGCAAGUAGUUACACAAAUCAAAACUAUAACAAAAGAAGGAACUUUGAUGAAGAAGAUUAUGAACCACGCCAAUAUAGAUCAAACCACAAUAGACAAAACUUUCAAAAUAAUUCAUUUAGAGGAAGUCAGUUAAGAUCAAAUUUUUAUAAUAAUGGCAUGGGACAUGAUUUAAAACAGAUAAAUUGGGAUGAUGUAAUUCUUACACCAUUUGAAAAGAAUUUUUAUGUUCCUCAUCCAUCUGUAAUAAAUCGCUCUGAAGAAGAAAUACAGGCAUUUUACAAAUCUAAUGAAAUUACAGUCAGCAACAAGGCCCCACCUCCAAUUUUAAAUUUUGAAGAAGCAAACUUUCCAGAUUUUAUCAUGAAUGAGAUAAAAAAAGAGGGUUUCACAAAACCUACAUCAAUACAAUCUCAAGGAUGGCCAAUAGCACUUAGUGGGCAAGACAUGGUUGGUAUUGCACACACAGGCUCUGGAAAGACUCUGGCUUACAUGUUACCAGCAUUGAUACACAUUAAGAAUCAGCAACCAUUAGAGAAACGUGAUGGACCAAUUGCUUUGGUGCUUGCCCCUACUAGAGAAUUAGCACAACAAAUUCAGAGGGUUGCAUACCCAUUUUGUAAGUCAGCAGAAGUCAGGAACACUUGUGUGUAUGGGGGAGCUUCAAAAGUAAAGCAAUCAUUUGAGUUGCAACAAGGAGUAGAAAUUCUUAUAGCCACACCAGGAAGGCUCAUUGAUUUGUUAGAAAAUAAUGUUCUGAAUUUGAAAAGGUGUACAUACUUAGUACUGGACGAGGCUGACAGAAUGUUGGAUAUGGGAUUUGAACCUCAAAUAAGAAAGAUCAUUGGACAGAUAAGGCCUGAUAGACAAACAUUAAUGUGGUCUGCUACAUGGCCAGAUGAAGUGAGAAAUUUAGCAGAAGAUUUCUUUUCUAAUUUUGUUCAACUGAAUGUUGGUUCACUGGAGUUAUGUGCUAAUCAUAACAUUACUCAAAAUGUGGAUGUUGUGAAUGAGAAUGAAAAACAUAUCAAAUUAGAAGAAUUGCUUGAAGAAAUUACAAAAACCGAUGGAAAAAUUCUCAUAUUCGCUAUGACUAAGAAAACAGUUGACAAAAUCACAAGAUUUGUUAAUAGAGCAGGAUGGAAGGCUUCAUGUAUACAUGGAGACAAAUCACAACUUAUGCGAGACAGAGUAUUACACGAUUUUCGAACUGGUAAAUCCCAAAUUUUAGUGGCAACUGAUGUUGCCGCUCGGGGACUAGAUGUGGAUGGAAUCAAAUAUGUCAUUAAUUUUGACUACUCAAAUAACUCUGAAGACUAUAUUCACCGAAUAGGAAGGACGGGACGUUCUAAUACGAAAGGAACAUCUUAUACCUUCUUUACACAAGAAGAUGCUAAAAAAGCAAAAGAUCUUAUUUCUGUAUUAAAAGAAGCGAAACAGGAGAUAAACCCUGAUUUGUUAGCAUUAGCUGAAAAUGAACAAGACAGACAUUUUCAAAGCAAUCCAAGAUUUCAUCCCAGACAACAGAGGACAAAUCGUUUUACUAGUAGGAGGUAUUAACUAUUAAGUUCUUAGUAUGUAUACAAACUAAAAUUAAAUGGAAUUAUAUACAUAUAUGUAAAUUACCAAAUUAAAUAUAAGGAAAUUUAUAUUUAUAGCAACAUUCAGUUUAUUGUUACAUGAAGUUAAUAAUUUUAACAUGUAACUGAACCAGACUGUGAUAGUUGAGACAUUGGAUUAUAAAAAAUCUGAUUAUACCUAAAGUGGUAAAGAAAUGUUGGAUUUUUUUUAAUAAGCGGUGUUUAAAAUUUUGUUAUUUAUAACAAUAUGUAAUAAAUAAAUUCUUAAAUAUG